AUGACAAGACUGCAACUUUCUACACUGCGCGUCGUGGGCAGACGAUAUAUCUCCAAUGAACAUCGACCACAGGGCAUACCACUCCCGCUCAAGGGCACAAGGAUCCUCGACCUCACCAGGGUGCUUGCUGGCCCGACAGCGACCAUGUUGCUGGCAGACAUGGGUGCAGACGUGAUCAAGGUCGAGGAGGUCUCCCGUGGCGACGACACCCGCUCCUGGUCGCCACCCUCGGCACCGACCCAGGACUUUGCACCAAAAGAGUCCCAGCAUCUCCCACCAGAGUCCGCCUACUUUCUCGCAGCCAACCGCAACAAGCGCUCGGUCACCGUCAACUUCAAGAAACCAGAGGGCCUCAAGAUUAUUCACGACCUCGUCCGCUCCUCCGAUGUCCUCGUUGAGAACUACAUCCCAGGCAAACUCGCCACGAUGGGGCUGGGGUGGGAAGACUGCCACAAGAUCAACCCGAGACUCGUCUAUGCCUCCAUCACCGGCUAUGGACAAACGGGGCCUUAUAGCCAGGCGGCGGGAUAUGACGUUAUCAUAGAGGCCGAAGCUGGCCUCAUGCACAUUACAGGCGAGCCUGACCGCCCUCCAGUCAAGGUCGGCGUCGCCGUCACGGACAUUAUGACGGGCCUGUAUGCGCAUGGCGCUAUCUUGGCCAGCCUUCGCUCUGUCGAAAAGACAGGGCAGGGUGUCUGGGUUGACCUCAAUCUGUUCGAAACGCAGCUCGCGGGGCUGGCCAACAUUGCGUCGAACUACCUCGUCGCGGGAAAAGAGGCGUCACGCCACGGCACUGCUCAUCCGUCCAUCGUGCCUUACCAGGUCUUCCCGUGCGCAGAUGGCUUCUUGAUGAUCGGGGCGGGAAACGACAGACAGUUCCGACUGCUGUGCGAGAGGGUGCUGGAGAAACCCGGGCUGGCAGAUGACGAGCGAUUCUCCACCAACGCGGCUCGGGUGGCUCACCGGGAGGAGCUCGUGGACGUUAUAAGUGAGACGCUCAAGGAGAAGAGCCGAGAGUAUUGGAUUGAACGCUUCACGGGGCUGGGGGUGCCGUUUGGGCCUAUCAAUAACGUUGAGCAGACGUUUGCACACCCACAGGCGGUGGCACGUGGAUGUGCUGUGGAGGUCAAUCAUCCACGUUCAGGGAAGAUCAAGAUGGUGGCUCCACCUGUUAGGUACAACGGCAGACGGAUGCCGGUGAGGCUGCCGCCCCCGUGGCAUUCUGAGCACACUGCCGAGGUGCUCGGCGAGCUGGGGUACACGGAGUCUGAGCAGGCAGCAUUGAGAGCAAAGGGGGUGAUCUAAGAUAAUUAGUUAUAAGAUUAGUAGUGUGUGUAAUUACAUACGCGGCAGGUCCGGCAGUGGAUACUUGGUCGAUCCAAGAGAUAAUCAGCCCUACCACUUUAAGC